CACAGCUCGAGACUCUGUAUAUCAUUUGGUCAACAACCGUUUCCUAUACUCAAUCAGAUAUUAAGCCAACACAGCAAAGUGAACUCGAGCCAUCGAAUAGGUACUUUCCCAUCGUCUACAAUGCUGAAUAGUCGAAACCCUCCUACACCUCCGCCUCCGACUCCGCCUCCGCCUCCUCCACGUGGCACAUCCAUGACCGCCGUAGCCAGCGAAAGCGAAACUGUCCGACUGUGAUCUUGCACUUCUCGAGGGCAAUACAAGCCUUCACGUACGCUCUUCUUAUGCUUUUGUUUGUUGGCCAAGGGAGGAAACCCAACCAAGCUCUUACGCACAUCUGUUAUUUCGCUUUGUUAAACACGACGUUGUCAGCACACUGGGGAAGAAGAGUGAUAGAUCUGUGUGGGUGUGUAACAAAGACCCAAUUCCUUAUUUUGAAUAAUUUCGCACCUGCUCCAUUUGAAUGAGCGUUUCUUUUAAGCUUUGCCAGUUCUCUUCAACAACUUUCCCAUUCCUUAAAAGAAGAGUUGUGGAGAGUAACAUUAUGGUCGAAUGGAUGUGUUCACCGCUGUGUAGUCAGGGACGCAGGCUAAUGGUGCUCUAUGAUUGAUUCCUACUCAGCUAUGAAGCCGCUCUUAUGCCAAGCUAUGUAUGCCCGGAAAGCAGCAGGAUUUGGCCAACAGCCGAACCAUCGUAAACCGCGACACCCCGCUCUGCCCUGUUGUUGAAUCAAGGCCAGCUGUUCCCAAAUCCCACUAUGCCAUCUAUCCUGUUUGUGUCCUCGUUGAAGAGCCUUGUCCUCCUGCCUGUCAUUACCUCUGUGUCCCGCCUUCUAGAAUAUGGCUUUCGUAUCCUUAUGUUUCGCCUCUGUCGGUGCUGGGCACCAUGCCUGGUUCUGCGUACCCACGGUGUCUCCUCGGCGCUCAGCUUCGUCUCUUUGUCUUGUCCGCAUCCUCUCGGACUCGCGUGUGCUGUGUGUUAAGUCUGCAAAUCCUCGUUCCUUCCUGCCGGGUUCCUAUGUGGCCUUAUUGUCUGUAUCUGUUGACCACCACCGCCAUCCACUGCAUUGGCCCAAAUCUGGUCCACGAAACACAUUCCUCCACUCGGUUCGGCUCGUUCGAUUACUAGAUAUGAGAGCUUCUGCAGACAGGACGUGUUUUAAAGGGACACCCAUCUUUCCUCAUGGAAGGGGCGACAAGAAGCCAACCUGUCUGGUCUGUAGUAUUGGGUGACAUCGAACGUAUCAUGCUUGAUGUCUGGUGCUUCCUUUGAGCAGAAGAUGAUGCCGUUCUUUCAGACUCGUCGUUGUCUUGGGAUGUUGCGAACCAUGUCGGGGAUUGACAGGCGACUCAGAACCUGUCGGUGGCUGUUGUUUUGUUGAUUGUUUGGGCGCGGUUCGUGUCUCGCUCGCAGAGUGGAGAUGGUCUUGUCUAUUGAGAUGUUGUCCUUUGUAACUUGUUCUCAAUUAUUUUGUGAUCGGGGCCUGCUUUGCGGUGACAUCUGGGACCCUUUGGAUAAACAAUCAAUGCUGAGGAUGGCAUAGUAUCCGAAGGAGCCUUUAUGGCCGCGAGCAGGCGUAUUUCGCUUGAUUUGAAGUUCCAAUCCCAAAAGAUCGUUCUUUCCAUGAGUUGCCAACGUGGCCCGUGCACACUUAUGUAAACUUUUGUCAAGAGUCACCUGAUCACACUUACCCCGCAGCUGAGCCGCACAAAAUGCGGUUGAAGCCGCGCAGAAGUCAUCAGGCUGAAAUAUGUUGUCCGUCGUCUGUUAGGUCGUAAAGCCGCACCAUCAGUUAUUCAUGCAUAUGCUUUGUUGAGAAAAGAUGCAAUAUCUCGACGGCUCAACUCCCGAUAUACAAACCUACUCGAGUUUCCAGACCUGUGUUGCAGAGGGUGACGACCUGCUACGGAAACUUGCCAUAAAAGCCGGCAACGCCCUUACCGAAGUGUUCCUAGUGCCUCUCACUAAAAACGAGAUCUGCUUUCGACCUGGCGCAAAAUGCUACAAACACCCCUGGCGGCAGGAGCAUGCAGAGGUGUGGAAACAUGUGUGGCAUCAUGUCUUUGACCACAAGCUGAGGGCUAAAGUAAAGGGAACGGAAGAGAUUGUGUACAUGACAUUCACCAAAGGCAUCGCUACGCUUGAACCUGGACGCCCUCUUGAAACAGAACCUGGUCUGAGAAGCGUCGUCAUCCCCAUUGGUGAGAGUGAGACUGUAUUUAACAUUUUGUCUGCCAAGGGAGAAGUUUGCAGAGAUUUACCAUGGCACCCUGGUUUAUACUAUAUUUUAGAGCCAGAGGUUUCGAUUUAUUCAGAUAAGAUCAACAUCACCGGCCUAGUGAUUACAGCUGAGCGAAAUCCAAGCUGAG